AUGAUUACUGACAAUCUUUGUAAGAACAGACUGGUAGCUGAGGCUUUUGACUUCUUUUCAGAAAUCAUCCGUAAAGGCAUUUCACCCGAUAUUGUCACUUACAACUCCUUAAUCCACGGCCUAUGCAAUUCAAAAUACUAUAACAUAUUGAUUAAUGGAUAUUGUAAGAAAAGAAGAAUGGCUGAGGCUGUAAGACUUUUUCAUGAAAUUUCUCAGACGGGAUUAGUUCCUGAUACUGUUACUUACACCACUCUUAUAGGUGGCUUUUGCCAUGCGAGAAAACCUAUAGUUGCAAUACAACUACUGAAUGAGAUGCGAGCCUGUGGCCAACAUCCUAAUCUUAUGACAUACACUACUUUGUUAGAUAGACUAUUUAAGAACCAGUGUCUUGCUGAGGUAAUGGCCUUGUUUCAAGAGAUGGAGGAAAGUGGACUGCAACUAAAUAUUGUGGUUUACAGCAUCCUCAUUGAUGAUAUGUGCAAGGCUGGAAACAUUGAAGAUGCAAGGGAACUCUUUUGUAGUCUUUUUACCAAAAGGUUGCGACCUAAUGUCCGCACAUAUAAUAUUAUGAUCGAUGGACUCUGUAAGGAAGGGUUGUUAAGUGAAGCAAACAUGUUGCUCAAGAAAAUGGAAGAGAAUGGUUGCUUUUCAAAUGGAUCCACUUACAAUAUAGUUGUCCUGGGAUUUCUUAGAAAGGAUGAGACUUUAAAGGCAAUGCAACUUCUUAAAGGAAUGGUUGAGAAAGGAUUCUUUGCUGAUGCAUGUACUGUGACCCUGUUAUUGAAUACAUCAAAUAAUAGUGGAUUGGUGUGCUGGAAGUAUGGUCUAUUGAUGCUUGCAUCAAUGUCUUCUUCAUGUUUUUAUGAAACUGAGUUGUUGUUGAAGCAUAUACAUGGGAAUGCUGUUAAUAGGGAGAAAAAUUUCAGAGCGAUUAAGGCUACCAAACAAUGUGUGCUUAUCUAG